AUUUUUGCGCAGUUUUAUUCAAGCUUCUAAAAUUUAGCUUGUUAAGGAUGGAUUUUGAUGAAUAUGAAUACCUAGAAAAUACAGUGGAGAAUCCAGAAGCUAAGAAAUUGGAGGGGAAGGCCAAUGGUGGUGGAAAAGGUGAUUAUGAAGAGAAGGACAGGAGUCGGAGCUCGAAGCUCAGAAGUGUCGAGGAAGAUGGGGAUGAUUUGGAUCACCCGUCGAAGCCGUCUAGGUCAAGAAACGAGUCUUAUGAUUAUGAGAAAGAUAGGGGAACACGCUAUGGCUCAUCUUCAAGAGAUAGGGAGAGAGGCGAGAGAGGUGAAAGAGGGGAGAGAGGCGAGAGAGAUAGACGGGAGCAUCGAACAAGGGACAAGGAGGAGAGGAAUAGAGAUAGAGAGAAGGAUAGUGACAAGAAAAGGAAUGGUAACAGAGAGAGAAGAGAACGUGAUAACGACAGAGAUAGAAUCAAGGACGAAGAACACGAGAGGUCCAAACGAAGCAGAAAUCACUCAGAAAGGCAUCAUGAAGAACGUACGAGAGAGAAAAGUAAAGAAGUGGAGAAUGCUGAAUCAGAAUUUAAACCAAGGGAGAGGGUGUUUAGAAAUCAAGACCGUGACAACAGAAGAUACAAAGACAAAAGGGAAGAGAAAGUGGAGCCAGAAGUUGACCCCGAGCGAGACCAGAGGACAGUUUUUGCUUAUCAGAUCACCUUAAAGGCUGGUGAGCGAGAUAUAUAUGAGUUCUUCUCUAGAGCUGGCAAGGUCAGAGAUGUGCGGCUUAUAAUGGAUCGCAACACCAGACGCUCCAAAGGAGUCGGAUACAUUGAGUUUUAUGAUUCAAUGUCUGUUCCUAUGGCAAUAGCUCUAUCGGGUCAGCCACUUCUUGGUCAGCCAGUCAUGGUUAAACCAUCUGAAGCUGAGAAGAAUCUUGUGCAGUCUACUACCGCUGCCAGCGGAGGACUUCUUGGCCCAUAUUCAGGGGGUGCUAGAAGGCUAUAUGUUGGCAAUCUACCUCUUACUAUCAAAGAAGAACAGCUUCGCCAGGUAUUUGAGCCUUUUGGUGCUGUGGAGCUUGUACAGAUGCCCAGUGAUCCAGGGACUGGGAAUUGCAAAGGCUAUGCUUUUAUACAGUUUGCGCGCUUAGAAGAUGCAAAGGCUGCUCAAAAUCUGAAUGGACAACUGGAGAUUGCAGGUCGAUUAAUCAAGGUUUCUGCUAUUACUGAUCAAGCCGGAAUGCAAGAGGCUGGAGUAAAUCUUGCUGAUCUGGAUGAUGAUGAGGGCAAUGGUUUGUCCUUGAAUGCACAGUCUCGUGCGCUUCUUAUGCAGAAAUUGGACCGAACUGGAACUGCUUCAAGUAUCACUGGUUCAUCAGUAGCAUCAGCUUUUGGACAGGCCUCUGGUCAGAUGCUUCCUGGUCUAACACCUUUUUCUAUGCCUGCUCUUACGGUUCCACCUGUAGAUACAAUUGGUACUCCCAGUGAAUGUUUAUUGCUGAAGAACAUGUUUGAUCCUAAUUCAGAGACCGAGCCAGAUUUUGAUCUAGAUAUAAAGGAAGAUGUUCAGGAGGAAUGUUCAAAAUUUGGCAGAUUAAAGCACAUCUACAUUGAAAAGAAUUCAGCUGGGUUUGUGUACCUGCGGUUUGAAAAUGCUCAAGCGGCCAUGGCUGCCCAAAACGCACUUCAUGGUAGGUGGUUUGCUGGAAAGAUGAUCACGGCGACCUACAUGGUUCACAGUGACUAUGAAUCUAAAUUUCCUGAUAGCAGCAGCAGCUAGAGUGUUGGUGGCGGUGGAUUGCUAAACAACUCAUCCUUAUUCAUUUUGGCGAUUUUGUUUCUUUUUGACCAUAGAGAGGCUGCAUAAAUUAAAUGUAAUUUUGGAGCUUGCAUUCUUUUCAUUCUAGGUUGAAAGAUUUUGACCUCUCUUCUCAAAUAUACUAGUUAUUUGGAUCUAUUUUAUUUAAUGUUGUUGUGUGUGACAAAAUUAGUAACUAGUCAUUUUAAAUUUGGGAUUA